AACUGCUUAGAUGUUGGGUUAUUGUUAAACCCACCUUUGCUACGAAUUGCCGAGAAAAACAUCUCAAGAUGAUCUUGUGAUAAUUUGUAGCUUAGCAGGAACUGCAUUUGGGGAGUUAGGUACUUUUGUGACAUCUUUAUAGAUGGAUAACAAAGAAUGGAUACAAAUAACGAAACCCAGAAAGCCUGUCUUCCUACUACUUUGAAAAAUGGGCAUCCCAUUUGCAACUGUUUUUAACUCUUCAAUAUAAAUUUCUGCCUCUAAAAACUUGGAAAAUUCAUUUUCUUUUCGUAAAGGAGACUUAAAUCCCUUGGCUAGAAGGUUUCUACUGUUCAGAACAUCCGAAAGAUUAUUGAAGAAUCUGAUGAACUGAACAGUAGCUUCAGAAUCAGCAAAUUCUGGCAUUUCUACAUUUUUAUCAAGAAAUUCAAUAGCAUCUGCAACACUAUUGCUUAACGUUUGUGCCGCAAGGCUAACUUUCAUUUUUUCUCGAUAAAAUUCAACAUGCCUUCUCUUUAGUUUUGUUGCAGCUUGUAAUCCCUCUUCAUUUUGGAGCUGCUCCAAUCUAACUAUAUACUUCCAACAUAUAAGGCCAGAGGGAUGCCAAAUUGAUCCGUUGGAACCAAGUGUAUUCCUAAUCAGUUUUAGCAUGUGGCUAGGAUCUGGGUAUAUGUAUACAUUUUCUUUGGUUUUAGGAUGAGUGAUGAGGAAAAUAGGUCUUCAAAUUGUGCAUCUCAACAUCUGCACCUAAAUAUUUAGCGGUCGCAAAAUUAACUGCAGUACCAUCAAAUGUAACAUUCGUCACUCUAUCACCAGUUGUGUGUACCAGUUCCAAGCCACGGCUAACUAAAUUUGCCCUCUCUUUUGCAGGCAGACCAUCAAUUAGGAAAUACCCAAAAGGCAGUUUCCAUUUAUGCAAUUUAGCACGAAGACUAGAGCUUCUUUUGCUUCUGGAAGUUGAUCGUUGUCAACUCCAGUACCCAAAUCAAUAAAUCUCUAAUAAGACUUGCCGUCCCAUCCUACAUGACGGCGUAUAGCCAUUUCAUCUAGGCUGAAAGAACAGAUGACUUCCUUAUUACUAAUCUUAGCUUCAAUAACUUUUGUUUACUAGUUUCUCAAUGUAGAGUCGACUGGAAAACGGCUCCUAUUGUUGUAAGGUUUUUGGCGAUGAAAGUUUGGCGUCAAAUUUUGGAGUUGGAAUCUUGGCAAGCCAUGCAAGUUGAAGUUUAAGUUUUUGAUUUGUGGAUUAAAGGAAAUAAGCUUGUAACCUUUAAGCUAUUUUUAAACAAAUACUCUCGAACCCUUUCAAUUAUUUUUUAAUAAAGUUAAGCGACUUGCAGUGAAGUGAAUGCAAUGAAUUAGUUUGAUUCGUUCUGUGUAACUUGUUGCACGUUUCAAACUUAUUGAAAUUAUUUAAUUUAAUUAUUUAUAAAAUUGUUAGUUAUUUAAUUUUUUUAAGUUGUGAAUAUGGAUCAAAUACCAUGUUGUUUCUGCGAAACAAGUUUUUCUCAAAAAAAGAAUUUCUACAGACAUUUGCGAAAUUCACAUCAAGAUGUGGAACUUUCGGAUUUGAAAAAAUUUGUGCACUUUUGUGCACACUGCAAACUCUAUUUUAAAUUUGAUACUGAGUUAUCAAAUCACAGGGAAGAACUGCACAGUAGUGAUAAAAAGGCAUUCAAAUCCUCAUUAAAAUGUGGUUUGUGUGAUGAAGGUUUCCGAUUCAUCAAGUGUCUUAUUGAACACAUAGAAGUUCGCCAUCAGGAUUUUAGAUUAGAGAAGCAAACUCUUGUCUUCAGCAAAGAAGAAGAUUUUUUUAAAUGGAAGAAUGAAAUAGAAAGCAGCACCCUUAGUAGCUACAUCAAGAAAUGUGGUGACAGAACUCUUACUGAUGAAUCCAUAACAAAUUCAUAUUACUGUCAUCGAAGCGGGGCAUAUGAUGAGAAAAAAGAGAGAAGUCGACGAGUCAAAUCUUUAGGCUCUAAUAAAAUAGGCGUUACUUGCCCAGCCCAUAUGACUGUAAAGAAACAGAAAACUGAUACUGGAACAAUAAUAACAGUUUUCUAUCAAGCCUCUCAUAUUGGACACAGUUGUGAAGUGGGUCGUGUGCCAAUUUCAAAAGAACAGAAAGUGCUCUUGGCUUCUCAAAUGAGCAGUGGCGUGCCAAAAUCAAGGCUAUUGUAUGAUAUUCGUCAGGCUUUUUCUCCAACCAAGCGCCUUAGCCUCACCAACAACAAAGACUUGCACAAUAUUUGUCGAGACUUUAGAGUGGAUGAGGAUGUAAUUUUAGACGUAAAUGAAAAUGUAUCUGUACAGAUGCAUGUGCAUAAAUUGAGGGAAGAAGGACAAGUGCUUAUUUACAAGCCAAAAGAAGAAGAGCUUUCCAGUUAUCCUUGUUUGAAAAAAGACGAUUUCUACCUUGGGAUGAUGAACUCUGCUCAGUUGAAAAUAUUACAAAUGUAUGGUAACGACAUCAUCAUGAUUGAUUCGACUCAUGGAACUAAUCAGCAAGGAUACUUAUUAACAACUAUUAUGGUUAAUGAUUCUAAUCAUGAAGGAUUUCCUGUUGCAACUCUUUACUCCUCAAGAGUAUCUGCGGAUGUUUUAGAACCAUUUUUUAAAGAAAUAAAGAUGAAGUAUGAAGAUUUCAAGCCUCGUGUUUUCAUGUCAGAUGAUGAUCCAGCAUUGUAUAAUUCUUUCAAGUGGAAAAUCAACUUCUUUGUACCUGGCAUGUUAAGCGUGCAUGGAAGUUGAA